UAAUAUAUCCAAACGAAGAAGCCCCCAACAACGCAAGUUCAUUCCAUCUCGUCCUUGCAACCAUGGCGUUGUUGUGCCGUUCUGCUGCUUUGCUCUGCAAGUCUUCUGGGGCAGCCCCGCUUGUCUCUGCUGCACGCAAAUACACCACAGGGGGUGUUACGUACGAUUACAUUGUGGUGGAAAAGCGUGGCGAGAAACAGAACGUCGGUUUCAUCCAACUGAACCGACCCAAGGUCCUUAACGCUCUGUGUGACGGCCUCAUGCUGGAGGUCGGGAAGGCCCUCGAUGCCUUCGAAGCCGACAAAGACAUCGGGGCUGUUGUCAUCACCGGCAGCGACAGAGCCUUUGCUGCGGGGGCAGAUAUUAAGGAGAUGCAGAACAGGACCUUCCAGGAGUGUUAUGGUGGUAACUUCCUGGCCCACUGGAACAGAGUGUCUAUGUCCAAGAAGCCUGUGAUCGCUGCCGUCAAUGGAUUUGCUCUGGGAGGAGGCUGUGAGCUGGCUAUGAUGUGUGACAUCAUCUAUGCCGGGGAGAAGGCUCAUUUCGGACAACCUGAGAUCCUGUUGGGAACCAUUCCCGGUGCGGGGGGCACCCAGCGACUGACCCGCGCGGUGGGCAAGUCCCUGGCCAUGGAGAUGGUGCUCACCGGAGACCGGAUCAACGCUCAGGAAGCCAAGCAGGCGGGCCUGGUGAGUAAGGUUUGCCCAGUGGAUCAACUGGUCCCAGAAGCGAUCAAGUGUGGGGAGAAAAUUGCAGCCAAUUCCAAGCUAGUCUCUGCUAUGGCCAAGGAGGCCGUCAACGCUGCCUAUGAACUGACACUGGCUGAGGGCAAUCGUUUGGAGAAGAGGCUGUUCCACUCCACCUUUGCUACGGAGGAUCGUAAGGAGGGCAUGACUGCUUUUGUUGAGAAAAGAAAAGCGGACUUCCAGGAUAAGUAGAGACAGACUUCUCAGUGAGAACACAGUCAACAGGUCAACGUUUCUGAGAGAAAGGGCGUCACUUCCGACUGUCUAAUCGGAAGGGAUGCAUACAAAUCUGGAUUUGGUACUGGAUGCACAAGACCUGUCCUAACUGAAUAGAGAUUGUGUUCACAAUGUUAACCUGUAAUAUUGCUGUGGUGCUCACUCCCUUCCAGUAAUGAAACAUUGGACAUCAGCCCUACUAACUAAAUACCGACUUUGCCUUCUAAUUUAAACACUGAUGUAAACAACCCUAUAUUAUAAGUGAUUCUUUGUUUUGGGGGGGGGCAUUUUCCUCUGUAGAUCUUGCAAAUAAAUAACUAUUUUGGA